AUGGUCGGCUCAAUUCUCCGCCAGUUGUUCUCGCCUCCGACGCGGAGGUCAUUGGCCACCAAUCUGACCACCUCCGCCUUCAGAACGGCGGCCACGACCCAGCAGCUCCCUGCCUUCCGCAGCUUUUCCACGACGCUCCCACGGCCCGCGACCCUCAACCAGGUCCUCCGCGGCACGCGCAAGGGCAAGCGAGCACGCCACGCCAUCUCCCCCGCCCUCGCCGCGACGCACUGUCCUGCUCAAAAGGGCGUCUGCCUCCGUGUGGGCGUCGUGAGACCGAAGAAGCCCAACUCCGGCGAGCGCAAGAUUGCUCGUGUGAAGCUGACUUCUGGCUACGUCGUGACGGCAUACAUCCCCGGAGAGGGCCACAAUAUCCAGCAGCACAGUGUCGUUCUGGUGAGAGGUGGACGAUCACAGGAUUGCCCUGGUGUGCGGUACCAUCUCGUGCGUGGAGCAUUGGACCUGGGUGGUGUUGCCAAUCGUUCUACGAGCCGAAGUAAAUACGGAGCCAAGAAGCCCAAGAAGGCUACCGUGGGUUAG